AUGUCGGAGAGUGUCGCAGCAGAAGUCCCGACAGAGAGCAAAGAGCAGAGGAGCUCGAGCGUCGAGAUGUCUCCGGUCAAGGGGCUGGAGGAUGCAGUGCGUGCGGGCUCGCCGGUGUCAGAGGAUAAGAAACUGUCGUCGCACAAACGAAGUCUGAGCUGGGGAGGGGCCUUCAGCCGCUCCUUGUUCGGUCUGCGGAGUAAGAGCAAGGGCGAUGAGUUCAAGGAGAACGAGGGGGAGCAGAACGGAGUCGCUGUCGUUCCCGAGCCCAUCGGGGAGCAGGAGGCGACGCAAGAGGACGGGCAGGAGUCACCCAUGAAGCCUUCGCGCCUGCAGUUCGGGUGGAGCAAGAAGACUAUGUCACCGGAGAAGAAGCCCGAGGCUCCUGCUGAGCGACAUCCUCCCCAUCCCCUCACACCCAUAGAGCACAAGCCUGGCGCUGCUUUGUCGCACGAGCCGCUGGUGCAGCUGCUCAAGGACGUGGAGGGCAUCGAGGCGCUGGUGCCGCGCAAGCAGGGAAAGCUGCUGGAGACGCUCAAGGCGUCGGAGAAGAAGCUGCGAGAGCUGGAAGCGGCUCUGCUGGACCCUCACGAAACCUCGAGGAAGCUUCGCUCCUCCCUUGACGUGCUCAAGGCGGCGGUGCAGGCGGCGGAGGACAAGAACGGAAAGAUCAGCCGCCUCGGCCUCGUCAUGCUGCAGCGACUUGCAGUUCUUGACGCCAUCGACCCUCCUUACUUCGCCGCUGUCGGCAUGGUGCUUCGCAAGUGCUCUGAAGUCGCAGAGGAAGCAAUCCAACUCCGCGUGGUCCAGUUCAUCUCGAGCGCCAUGCAGAGCGAACGGUUCGCGAUCCAGAUCGGACCUGCUCUCUUCAUGCUUGAGGCGCUCUUGUCUAUCCAUGGCGGUCGCUUUCCCGCGGCAUCGCAGGCGGCGGCGGCGGCUCUGCGGCAGGUGACGGAGGCGUCCAUCGACCUCCUGCACAAGUUUGACCUGGAGAGAAUCGAGAGUCAGAGGAAGCAGCAGCUCUCCUUCGACUCUCGGGCGAGCGAGGACGAGGAGGUCCAUGAGAUCUCAGAGGUGAAGGAGGAGUCGCCGAGCGCCAGCCCAAGCUACGUGAGCAAGAAGAGCUUACCUCAGGCAGCGGAAUGCUGCGCUCAAGUGCUGAAGGAGCUCCUCCUCCUCAUCAACGGGGAAUCCUCGCAGAGAGUCAGGAGCCGAGCCUCCCUGUCCUCUCAGAUCCUUGCGAUGGACAUCUUGGACUCGCUGUUCCGCAAGCACCCGUCAGUGUUCAUGAGGUAUGCUCCUCUCUUGAAGCUCGUUGAGGACGACCUCCUCUCCAUCAUCAUCGCACAGCUGCAGCGCUUGGCGUCUGGCGGCGUCAAGUUGCAGAUAGGAGCAAGGGAGGCGAGGGAGGACUACGCGCAGAGGAUGCUCCAGGUUGUCAAACUUUUCCGACUCUCUUCAGGGAUCGUCAGCAACGUCUUUGCAACUUCUCUUCACGAAGAAUUCCUCGAAACCUUCUCUGUCGAGGAGGGUCUCGGCUCCUUCCUCCUCCCCAACAUCGCCAACGUCUUGUCGCUCUUCUCCUAUCUGGCGCAGAACGCUUCCCAGCAGUGGGUCAAACUCAUCGCGCUGGAGUGUCUGCUGGAGUACACGUCCUGUCCGAGCUUCUCUCGGCGACUGAAAUAUGCCUUCACUGUGUGCCGAGGACGAGGAUCUGUGGACGACCAGGACAACGUCAUCGUCGGGAUCAUCCGGAUCUUCGAUGACAUCGUCAAAACUUUCCUCGAGAGCAGAACGGGAGAGCAGCAACAUGCGAGGAAGAUCGCGGGAAAGGGGGAGGCAGGAAAGGGAGCAGCUGCUACCGCUGCAGCAGGGACAGGAGGAGGAGGAGGAGGAGGAGGAGGAGGAGGAGGAGGAACAGCAGCAGCAGCAGCAGCAGGAUCAAUGGAGCUCAAAGGCAGUUUUAUCUUGGAACCAGCGGCUCCUUACACUAGACUUCUCGAUGCUCAGGUCGGCGAGCCUUCGCUCCCUCCCAACGUCGAUGAGGUGGUUGCGGAGAUGUCGAUGCUGUGCGGGUCCAACAUCUCUCACGCCCUCGCCUCCCUCUGCGGGAUCUCCCCCGUCCUCCUCCUCGACCUCUCCGACCCCUCCAACCUCCCGCAACUCGCCCCCCAGCCCAACUUCAACUCCUCCCUCCUCGAGCAGAACUCUGAGGUGAGGCUACAAGCUGGAGAGACUGCGGUGGGGGAAGACGAAGGAGAGUAG